UCUCACUCCUUCCCUGCGAGGUAGAAGGCAGGUAAAGGCGAGUUCUGUUUAAAGACACCACAGCAAACUUCUGUAACUGCUUUCAGGACACUUCCAAGGAUGUUAAAAUGUCAAAAUGUCUGUUUUCAAAGACUCGUUUCUCUAAAAUGAAAGAUAUGUGGCAAACUUUGAAGCAUCCCAAAAGGAUUGAUAUCAUUCAUAACCAAAGCGUGAGUAAGAAGGACUUCCAGUCCUUCAUUGGAGAAAGAAUAAAUGAUGACACAUAUCCUUCAAAACUCAGUUGGCAGUUGGAUGAUGAACUCCAACCGACGGAAAUAAUGCUUCAUGAUAAAAAAUAUUUAGCAGCAUUCCGCUGUUUCCUAAAGACUGAAUUCAGUGAAGAAAACAUCGAUUUCUGGUUCGCAUGUGAAGAAUUCAAGUCAACUGCUUCACCGGAGGACCUUCCCUGGAAAGCAUGGGAGAUCUACCAGGAGUUCAUCCAGCCUGCGGCCCCCCGAGAGAUCAAUGUUGAUCACCACAUUAAAGAGAAGAUCAAGAGGUCUUUGGAGAAGCCGAGCCUCUCCAGCUUCGAUGAGGCCCAGAAACACGUUUACCUGCUGAUGGAAAGAGACUCUUGCCCCCGAUUCCUCCACUCAGAGGCCUACCGGAGUCUGAAGUACAAAUCCAAGACUCGCUGGUACAUUUAGCUCACAACAAAGUUUCAAAAGGGCUUUACUGAUCUCAGCGCUUUGUCUCGCAUUUCGCUGAAUAAAUAAAAUAAAGAAGCUCGGAGCAA